CCAACUCUUUAACGACAUGCCGAACUCCAAACUGGCUCACUCAUAUGAGCUUAGUUUUCUUCUACCACUCUCACAUUUUCUCAGUCACCAAGUUCAGGCUUCGGUCUCCUCCGUCCAUGGCAUCAACCCAUAUUUUCGAAUCCCCUGUCUCCAUUUCCAUAUCCUCCUCUUCCACUUUUCACCGUUCUCCGCUCAAACCCUCUCCUCUUUUUUCACCCAUAACUCAAACUCCCUCCUCCUCCUUUAAACCCAUUAACCCUCCGAGAAUUCAAAUCCAUGGAAACCCAUCACCGUCGAUAUCAAGAAGAUCGUUCCUUCCGCCGGUUUCAGGCAUCUGGGAAGCCAUAACUGGUGGCAACAACAACAACCCUCGCGAAGCGGUUUUUGCUACUCGACGAGGAAUGCUUCUCUUUAGGCAGGGUGAUGUUCUUGGGUCUUUAGCAGAAUUCGAUAAGGCCAUUGAAUUGGACCCUCGUCAAAAGGCAUAUCUUUGGCAAAGAGGGCUAUCGCUUUACUAUCUUGAUAGGUUUGAAGAAGGGGCAGAGCAGUUCCGGAUAGAUGUUGUGCAGAACCCGAAUGAUACAGAGGAGUCCAUUUGGUGUUUUCUAUCUGAAGCUCAAUUGUAUGGAGUUGAUGGAGCAAGACAACGAUUUCUUGAGGUUGGAAGAGAUCCAAGACCUGUCAUGCGAGACACCUAUAACAUGUUCAAAGAUGGUGGAGAUCCAGAAAAGCUUGUUGCUGCAUUUGCACAUGGCCGAGAGAAUGAAUAUUUUUAUGCUUCAUUGUAUGCUGGGCUGUAUUACGAAUCUCAGAAAAAAACUGAGGAAGCCAAACGCCAUAUAGUUUCUGCAUGUCAGUCUCCAUACGGACAAAGAUCUGAUGAUUACAUGGCUUCUCUGGCCAAAGUUCACUCUCUAUGUCGAAACUGGGCAUUGGCUUGAAUGAUCAGAUUCUCCAGUCGUUCUGUAUCACACAUUUGUGUGCUCAUCUUAUGAGAAUGUGUUCAUAGUCUCAACUCAUUGUCGAGCUUGGAUGUUGUCUUUUUCCUUACUACGUUUGUUUUUCAAGAACUCUUGGCGUAUCUUAUGGUGUGUUGAGUUGAGUCAGGUAAAAAUAUCAGUAUUGAUUGGUGGAGUGGAGGGAAUAUAUGCUUGGAGUAAAUACAAAUAUUCAAACCCAUUGUUGACUUAUUCUGUGGUUGGAGAUAUUGAUUUUGGUUUGAAAA